CCAGCUCAGAAAAGGCGACAUGUUCUUUCCUUUUCCUCAUUUUCUUUUUACAACGGGAAGAAUCUGAACUCGCAUCUAACUCAAUACUCCUUUCUGAGCUCAUCUUCUUCUCUCCCAACCCUUUUUUUUUUUCAAGAAAGGAGAGGAGAGGAGAGGAGAGGAGAGACUCUCUCCAAUGGCGAAAGAGAGAGAUCCCAAAGAGAAGAGAAUGUUUGUAGGUAUUGUAUGGAACUGCGCUGAGAUGAAGCUAUUGGUAACGGCUCUUUUUCUGCUCUGCUCUAUUGCAACAUUUCUCCAGUUCUUCCCAUCUCGCCCCUCCAUCUCCUCACCUUUCGAUUUCAAUCUCUGCCUCUCCAAGCUCUCAUCUUCACCAUCCCUGCCGACCCUAAACGUAUCUUCUUCUAUAACCCAAAACGUAUCUUCUUCUGUAACCCAAAACGUAUCUUCUUCUGUUACCCAAAACAUGUCUUCUUCUGUAACCCAAAACGUAUCUUCUUCUGUAACCCAAAACAUAUCUUCUUCUGUAACUCUAGAAACCCACCAAGAAGAAGCAGUGGAAGCUGAUGUGGUGGGCCCCAACGGAAUCAUCAAGCGGUCCUUCAAUCCCUAUGGGUGGGCCGCCUACCUCUUCAUACAGAUGGGGGCCUACAGAGGGGGACUCGACACUUUCGCCGUCAUCGGCCUUUCCUCCAAGCCCAUCCAUGUGUACGGCAAGCCAAGCUUCCAGUGCGAGUGGGCCCCAUCUAACAUUUCCCAAACACCCAUCACCGUUCCCGGCAAAAAGUUCCUCCCUGAUUGGGGAUACGGCCAUAUCUACACCGUUGUUGUUGUCAAUUGCACUUUCCCAGCUCCAGUUGGCGCCGACGGCUCCGGCGGGCGCCUAAUUCUCCAUGCCUUCACCGGCCCGCCGGGCCCCGACCAGCGCAACGAGACGAUCGUCACAUUGACAGAGCGGCCCGGCUCGCUCGACACUUCCAUCUUCACCGCCCGGCCUAAGUAUGACUACCUCUACUGUGGGUCCUCCCUCUAUGGCAGCCUCAGCCCGCAGCGGAUGCGGGAGUGGAUCGCCUACCAUGUGAAGCUCUUCGGCGAGCGGUCGCACUUCAUAAUUCAUGAUGCUGGUGGGGUCCACCCAGAGGUUUUGGAGGUUCUGAAGCCAUGGAUGGAAUUGGGGUAUGUGACACUGCAGGACAUCACUGAUCAGGAGCGGUUCGACGGGUACUACCACAAUCAGUUCUUGGUUGUUAAUGACUGCUUGCAUCGGUACCGGUUCAUGGCAAAGUGGAUGUUCUUCUUCGACGUCGAUGAGUACAUCUUCCUCCCGCCGAAGAGCACCAUCCAAUCGCUGCUUUUGACGAUGGUGGAUUACACACAGUUCACCAUUGAGCAGAUGCCCAUGUCCAAUAAGCUCUGUCUUGAGAGUGAUAGAGGGAAGAAUGUCAGGAUGUGGGGAUUUGAGAAGCUGGUGUACAAGGAUGUGAAGAGGGGCAUCCGUAGGGACCGCAAGUAUGCGGUCCAGCCACGACAAGUGUUCGCGACGGGCGUGCACAUGUCGCAAAAUGUGGCUGGCAAGACGACCCACAAGACCGAGCGACGGAUCAAGUACUUCCACUACCAUGGCACCAUCGCUAAUCGCCGGGAGCCAUGCAGGGAGUUUGUCAGUGCUGAUAAUCUCACCGUCGAUGGCACACCAUACGUCCUCGACGGCACGCUUCGGGCCACCGCCGCGUCAGUGAAGCGGUUCGAGCUCAAGACCAUUGGGCCCAGGUUACAACGCACACGCCAGUGACAUGAAAUCAUAAAAUUUUUUUCUUAUUUUUGUUUAUUUUGAGUUUUUUUAUUUUGGGUUUUUUAUAAAUAUGAAUAGGUGGUGGGCAUUUGAUGAUAGAAUAGAGAAAUAGGAUAUAGAAUAGAAUAGAAAUUCAAUGUGAUUCCUUUUUUGUAUGAUAUGAUGAUAUUUUAUUA